UCUUCUGGAAGAAUGAGCUCCUCUCCUGUCGUCUCCCGAUCCUCCACUGACAUUCUGGAGGACCUGCAGUUCUUUGCGGCUCAGAGCCUGGAGAAAAUUGAGGUCAACAGAUACUAUGAGGUCAUACGAGAACUGGGCAAGGGCACCUACGGGAAGGUGGAUUUGGUUAUUCAUAAGAUCAGAGGUACUAAGAUGGCUCUGAAGUUUCUGAAGAAGAAAACCACCAAACUGAAGAGUUUCUUGAGAGAGUACAGCAUCUCCUUGUACGUUUCCCCGUGCCCUUUCAUAAUCAACAUUUUCGGCAUUGCGUUCGAAACCGAUGAGUACUACGUCUUUGCACAGGAAUACGCCUUGGCAGGGGAUCUUUUUGACAUCAUUCCUCCACAGGUGGGACUUCCAGAGCCUGUGGCUAAACGUUGCAUCCAUCAGGUGGCUAUUGCGUUGGACUAUCUACACUGUAAGAAACUUGUGCACAGAGACAUCAAACCUGAGAACAUCUUGAUCUUUGACAAAGAGUGUCGCAAGGUGAAGCUGUCUGACUUUGGCAUGACCCGACGCGCGGGCUCUCCGGUGAAGCGCGUUAGCGGCACCAUCCCGUACACGGCUCCGGAGCUGUGCGAUACCUCCAAGAGCGAAGGGUUCUGCGUUGACUAUAGCACAGACGUUUGGGCUUUCGGGGUCUUGCUCUUCUGCAUGCUUACCGGUAACUUCCCCUGGGAGAAAGCAAUGCCCUCAGAUGCCUUCUAUGAGGAGUUUGUGCGUUGGCAGCGACGUCGGACAGGUUCGGUACCCUCGCAGUGGCGACGAUUCACGGACGAUGCGCUACGUUUGUUUCGAAAGUUACUGUCCCUGGAGGCGGAAUGCCGUUGUUCGGUGAAAGAGGUGUUUGCUCACUUUAGCCAGCGCUGGAUGCUGGAUGGUGAAGGAGGUGGAAACCACCAGGCCAUGCUUAACUCUUCGUCUGAGGACGAGGAGUUGCUGGUGGACCGAAUGAAACAACAGACGCUGUCGCCCGUCGUCUCUGCAGCCAAGGGCGGUCAGAUAGAGCCGGGAACGACUGCAGCCCAUUUCUUUACCUCAGUUUCAACCAACAGUUCCCUGUCACUGACCAACAGCUACGAGCGCGUGUCCAGAGACAGCACACCCAGCGGACGGAUCCUGGUGGCAACCCCCAUCGAAAUUUGCGUGUAG